CUGGUUUUGCAAAGAAACAUUAAAUCAACAAUUGUUUCUUGAAGGAAAAUCAAAUUAAUAAUUUCUGGAUUUCUGAAGAAAAUUGGGCGGGAAGAAUAAAAGAAUGGAAGUCUUAAUACCUGCAACAAAGCGGCAAAAGAGAAUAAGAAAUUUCACAACAAGUGAAAAACGAAAACUAAUUAAAGAAGUGCAAGAGUGGCCCCGAAUAUGGGACACAAAAAACGUUAUGCAUUCGAAUAAAAAUGCUUUGGAGCAGGCCUGGGUCCACAUAAGCAAUUCGCUUGGCAAAAGUGUUAAUGAGUGCAAAGUUGGAUGGAUUAGCUUACGGGAGAGCUAUCGCUAUCACGUCAAAGUGGCCCGCAAGCACAAAAGGGGUAGCGCUCGUCGAGAAACUAUUGAUUGGGAGUUUGCUGAAGAAAUGGCAUUUUUGCCAGAUGUAUCAAGAAAAACUUUCACAAGUCCAACAUUUGAAGAUUUAGAUUCAUCGUCCGCCAUAAAUAGAGCUAAUGCGGAGGAGUUAAUUAUUCCGCAAUUUGAUUAUAGUCCAACACCCACCACAAGUAAUCGGUCGUUUAGCGGACACCAAAAUGACGAGACAUGGAGUCAAUUCAACAACAUUUUAAAGAAGCCAGAAGAAUUAGUAGCAGGAAAGAACAACUCCCCAUAUGCACAAGUCCUUGCUUGUUUUGACUGGUUGUUGAAUAAGCUUCCACAGUCAAUUGCUGAUGAUAUGUGUAUGGAAUUUAACAGUAUGCUGUUACAGAAAGUGAAAGAAUUUAAAUCAAAAAAAUAGAAUAAGGAACAGAAACAAACAUCUUUUUAUACACACUUAUCUUAUGAUUAGUUAUAAAAUAAAUAAACACGAAAUUUGGAAACAUCAA